UGGCCUUAUCAUAAAAUCUUUCUCGUUUAGGCAGUAAAGCUUUGUCUUGACGAGGGAUGCUCGCUUACAGCAAUAAGAAGAGUAGACGGUGGUACACCUAUCCAUCUUGCAUGUCGUCUAGGUGCUUUGGAGAUCCUCAAAUGCUUGUAUGAACACGACAAGGAUGUAUUCACUGAUAAAUUGGUAGACCGUGAGGGUAUGACGCCGCUACACAGAGCAGCAAUGUUCAAUCAUUCCUUAGUUGUCUCAUUCUUGGUUGAUCAUGGUAUGAACCUGAACCCACGAGACCGCGAAAAGUGUACACCCCUACUGCUAGCCGCUGCGCAUGGCUGUUCCGCAGUUGUGUCCCUCCUUCUUGAGAAAGGUGCCGACGUGACAUGCAAGGACGACAAGAACAGAACGGCGUUACACUGGGCAGUCGGACAGGAUAAAACGACUGAAAGACUUCUCAAGGAUGAACAGGUGCACGCACAUAAACUAGUCAAUCAGCAGGACAGUACCGGGGCUUCCACCUUACACUACGCUGCGCAAGGAGGCUUUAUCAAGAGUGUAUUACUACUAUUAAAGAAYGGAGCCGACGCUGGUCUUAAAAACCACAAGCUUGAAACUCCGCUUCACCUUGCAGCGAGCCAUGGGUGGCUACCAAUCGUCAAGAAAUUAAUGGAAGGSCGUCAAACGCGGUUAAUGAAUGUUGGUAAUCUUAGUGAUCACACGCCUUUACACCUCGCAGCGUCCAAUGGACAAGAUAAAGUCGUGAAAUUCCUCCUUGAUAGAGGGGCAACGAUAGAGAGUCUGUAAAGGACGAAGAUUACUCGAUUACCUAUGACUUCAUGUUUUUACAAGGAAUGCCUGACAUUAGAAAAGACGACCCAAAAAAGUUCUUAGAUUGCUUACAUACGAUGGUCAAGCACAAGAGAGUCAACUGCCUUUCUCAUAGUGUCUGUGGAGCCAUCAUGAACAUCAAAUGGCGCAGUGUUGGAUGGAAGGCUUACGUCAUGAAUUUGUCGUUUUACAUGCUAUUUCUACUACUGCUGACAUCAAUGACCGUAUUAUUAGAUUCUGAAGUAAUGGAUACGCUAUGGAUAGAUAUUCCCAAAUACACAAUCAUAGUUAUGUGUUUGUUUCAUUUGCUGAAAGAGCUAUUCCAAAUAUGGGAUGAGAAACUAAAGUACCUGUUCAAAGCAGAUAACUGGAUGGAAUGGUUCUUGUACAUGUCAAGCCUUGUCUACAUGACCCAGUAUGCMUUUCUCUCCAAUAGCAAAGUCACGUGCGUCUCUGAAAGUACCAGGCCCCUGGCCGCUACAGCUAUUUUCAUUGCUUGGGUGAUCUUUGUCUUAUAUCUUAGAAGGUUUUCAACGUUUGGUAUUUACAUUAUUAUGAUGACAAACAUUAUUAAAACUCUAAUUAAGAUUAUAAUUCUGUUUAUUCCGUUUGUYAUUGCAUUUGGUAUACCAUUUUAUUUAUUGCUGAAUAACGACGAUAGGCAACUCGAUUGUGAUAUUAAUAUUUCGUCGUCUAACGUCACCGAAGAAUACARCACUGCAAACACAAAUAGCACCACUAGUGAAAAAGAUUUUCUAUUUAAUUAUUUGUCCUACUCGCUCUUCACCACGUUUAUGUUGAUACUGGGAGAGAUGAAAUACCCGCAUACAAUGUUCAAGUACCAGCCACUGCCUCAUCCAUACAUCAGCUAUAUCAUCUAUAUMAUAUUUUGUGUGUGUAUGCCAAUUAUUAUCAAGAACUUACUGAUUGGUUUAUCGGUUGGUGACGUCAAUCGUAUACUGCAGACCGCUAAAAUGGAACAACAUGCAAUGCAGGUUGAACUCUUACUAGAGCUAGAACGGGCUACACCAAGGAAAGUUCUUCGGAAAAUCUGGGUAUCUUACUACGUCGAGUUUCCCAAUCGAAAGAAAACCUGGAAGCAGAGGCUAACAGAGUUUGGUUCACCGAAGAGAACGACGUCCAACCAGGAGACGUAUGUGAAUCCAGCACUUCUAGCAAUAGGAGAAAAACUAGAGAAACUCGCUAAAAAGGUGGAUCAACAGGAAGACAAAUUUCAGAGCAUCCUCCGCGUUUUAAAUCGAAUGGACGCAAGAUUGACCGAUUUAAACUCUUCUCAUGGAGGGACUGGAGCUAAGGGGACUGGAACUGACAAUGUUGACCGUGGUGGUGGUAAUAAUAACAAUGAAGGACCAAARGAUCAGGGGGGUGCACAGCAACCCACGACUAGAGCGGACGCCGAUGGGAAUCAAGACGGCGAAGACGAGCUAUUGUUAGAAUUCGUUGAGGGAAGCGCRGUGCAAGACGAAAACAGAGAAACACCGCUAUUGACUGUGCUUAACAAUUCCGUUGCUGAAGAAGAUCGAUCGUCGGAAAAUGAAUUUUAUAAAAUGGUCUCAAGAGUAUAACUAAGUAUUUAUAGCAUUAUUUCAGUGCACAAACAAGUAAUACUCAAAGAAUUUAGCAAUCUAUUUAAGAUAAGAUAUAUAUUUAUUAAUACUUUUGCAUAUUUUGUAAAUGUAAC